AUGGAUUGUUGGGAUUUUAAAAACAUAGUUUGUCAUAGAACUAAUGUCGGAGGUGUAGUUGAACCUGCAAAGGGUCUGAGUCCUAAUACAUUGAGGCGGAGGAAUCUUCUUAUACUAUUCAAUAAUACGUCAAUCAUUCCGUUCAAAUGUCGAGGCAAAUGUCGAUGUUUUUAUUGCGGCGAAGAGUUACCCAUUUAUGACGAUUUACGAAAACACACAAAAGCUCACGGACCGUGUUCGGAAACUGAUCGAGCUAUCAAAUUAGUAAAAACUGAUGAUGCUGAGAUCAAAGUCGAUGUUUCAGACAUGUCAUGCGUUCUGUGUCAUGAAGCAUUUGGUAGUUUGGACGACAUAAUAUUACAUUUAAUAAAUAAACACAAGUUUCCGUACAAUAGGGACGUAAAACUUAUUAUAUUGACCUAUCGAUUGGUCGAUUUGCAAUGCCUUUUGUGCGAUCAAACGUUUAAUCAAGUUAAUGACUUAGUAACGCACGUAAAUAGCGAACAUCCCACGCAGUGUCUUGAUUGUAAAGUAUGUCAUAAAAAAUUCUUCAGAAAACAGUACCUAGAUGCUCAUAUGAGGGUUAAACAUAAAAAUGUUUAUAAAUGCCUCAAGUGUCCGCAGACGUUUCCUUCCCACUCGGCUCUUCAAGAACAUAAAAUAAAAUCACACAUCCCCGUCUGUAAUAUAUGUUUCACUAAGUUUUCAUCACAAAAGAAAAGAUUGAAGCAUAUGAAAACUGAACAUGUUAACGAACCUCUGAAAUGCGGAUUCUGUUUUAAAUUUAUGAAUACAAAGUUGGGUUUUCUCCGACACGCUGCUAAAUGUACUGAAAAAGAUGAGAAAAUUGAUGAAACUUAUGUAAUAGAUGAUGAAGAUGAGGACAAAAAACCAGUAGUAAUAAAAAUUAGAAAUAAUAUAGCUUGUAUAUUGAACAUGUCUACCGCUGUACCGUUUAAAUAUUUUAUGAGUAGGUUUAGGUGUUUUUACUGUCCAAAAGAUUUCACUGAUUGUGAGGAAUUGCGUGCUCAUACCGUUAUAGAGCAUCCUAUUUGUGAUGUUAAUUUUAAAUGUAUGAGACUACGCAAUAGACAAGAGGGCUGUAUUAAAGUGGACACGUCAAUAUUAUCUUGUAAAAUGUGCUUUGAAAGUCUUCCUAAUCUAGACUUUUUGAUAGAACAUAUAACAUCUGAACAUAAAGCAUCGUACGAUAAAACAGUAGAUAAUAAUAUGACAAUUGAACAAAAAGAGAAAAAAAUACUGAAGGAUAAAGAGUAUUACCAAAGAAAGAAAGCUGAAAAGAAAAUUAAAACUAUAAGUGAAAUGUCUGAAAGAGAGAGAAGAAAGCAGAGAAGGAUAUGGAGGAAGAAUUCACAAAAAUAUAGAGAGAAACAAAAGAUUUUGUCCAAUGUGCUAGCUAACAGCCCUCCAGAGUCAGAAAAUAAGAUGGAAAAUUAA